CGGAUAUGUUUUAAAUAGUUAGACAAUUUAAAACAAUCUAAAAAUCACCAUAAAUCAAUAAUAAAAUGAUUUAAUAACAUUUGAAAUAAUAAUCGGACAAAAUAUGACAAGUGUGAAAAGUUUCAAGCCUUUUUUUGGUAUUCGCUUCGAUAUCGAUGAUAGAUACCAUCGCCCCCGAAAAUUGCAUAACAGCAGCGUCAGUAAAUCUGAGCAAGAGAGAGAGAGAACAAAAAAGGGGAUUGAUUAUUGUUUGUAUUGAUGAAGUACGAACAGGGUGUGUUGAGUAGAAGUUUUUAAAAUUCACCUCAUAUUCCACCUGAAACGUCUACAAGAAUUCAAGCAACUUUUUAUAGACACAUUUAAAAAAAAUCCGUCCAUAAGUAAGAGUGCAAAAUAUAUCGAGAGGGGGAGUGCAAUUAUCGGCUGUUUUGAAACUCAUAAAAAAAUAUGUAUAAAUAAACAAUUGGUUAUUUUUAAGAGAAACCUAAAUGUGAAUAUCUAAAGACAAAACAGCGUUUCAGUUAUAAAUUUUGGACUGAAGUGUACUUUUCGUAAUAAUUAUUCGCAAAAAGCUUUAAACGGUAAUAAAAAAAUUUAAUGCAAUAUAAACAUAUGGUGGUGGCCGGGCCAACUUCAUUUAAAAUCUAAGAUUUUAGUGUCACUGAAAUUUUUCACAAGAAUUAUAUUACUAUAGGCUUUAAAUCGAUAGAACAAUUACCCACCGGCAUAUAACAUGAAUUUAUAAACAAUAAAAAAAAAAAAAAAGCAACGUGGAAUUGGAGCAACUUGAAUAUAAGUUACAUAUACGUGUAGUAAUACAUACAAGCUGUGAGUCUGACAUGAUGGCAUAAAAUGAUUUUGAAAAGCUAAAGGGUAUUACAAGAAUUAUACAUUUUAAUUUUGGGGGGAGGGAAAGAAGCUGCAUUAUAAAGUCACCACCUCAAUUGCUCAGGUGUAGCAAAGAGAACCGGAGACGCGCGGAGGGGUAGAGAAACAGAAAGAGAGCAACAAAAAAAAAAUAAUCAAGUAACUACCUUAACCAACAAUCUGUACACUCCGCUUGCAAUUAUUCGACCGAAACUACAAAAAAAAAAAAAAAAACUAUAAAACAAUAAAAAGAAGCAACUGAAUAUAUAAUAAACAAUAAGAAGCAAGAAAAGCAGAAAUCAAAUUAGAAUUAACAACGUAACCAACAGUAUUUGAAAUAUAAUAAAACCAGAACGCAAAGCGUUUGAGAGAGAUAAAAAAUAUAAAUCUAUACGGCGAAAAAACUAUUGCUAUUAUCCAUUAUUAGCAAACGAAGGUGUUCGAAAGAGAACAAUAUAUAUAUAUAAACAUAUAUAUAAUAUAUAUAUAUAUAGAUAUAUAUAUAUAAGUACAUAGAACAGAGAGAAAUAAGAAGACAUUUAGAUAAAUAGCAGAAACGACCUGCGUUUUCGGUAGAAGGCAAACAUCGCAGCAAUUGUCGGCGAUUCCGCAGUCUGCUUUUAAAGGGACAUGGCCGUUUUCUUGCUCAAUAUUUGUAAAUUUAAUGGCUGCGGAAUCACAUUUCCAAGUUUAGGCGAUUUGAUACAGCAUAUCGAGGAUACACACAUUGAUUAUGAUCCCAAAGUUGUUGAACAAAAAGAGCAAGCACAACCAGCAUGUUUGCCGCUGAGCUAUGUUUUACGAUUUAUAUCGGAUGAUGCACGCAAGGAGAGCCCCUUUCUCACCAAUAAUGCUGCGGGCGUUGAACUCAAACGUAAGCUGGCGAUUAAACAUCACAGCUACAGCAUGUCUUCAUCAAAUCGCAGUAACACGCCAACAGGCAGUGAAAUGGAUGAAGAUGAAAUGGUUGUUUCCGAAUCAGAAGACAGUAAUGAUUCUUGGACAACCGAAGAAUUCAGUUCCGAGUUCAUAAUGCGCUAUGGCAGCAGGCAUUCCGGAUCUGGCAGCAAUGGCACACCCGGAAAUGAAAAACCAUUUGCAUGUCCUGUUCCGGGAUGUAAGAAACGCUAUAAGAACGUUAAUGGUAUUAAAUAUCAUUCAAAGAACGGUCAUAAAAAGGAUGGAAAGGUACGAAAGGGUUAUAAAUGUCAUUGCGGUAAAAGCUAUAAAACUGCCCAGGGCUUGAAGAGUCACGCAUUGGUGGCGCAUAAUUCAUCGCCUGAAAAUGUAGUUUCAACUCAACAUGUCAGUAGUGUACUCAACACUGGCGGUAUAUUGUUGCAGCGCAGUACAUCGCCAUCCCAAUCGUUGGGUUCGCUAAGUCCAUCGAGUAUCAGUAACAUGUCGAGCAGUGCAAGCAGUUGCCACGGCAGUAGCGGAGGUGGUGGUGGUGGCAAUAAUGUCAACAAUGGUGGUACGCAUUUGUUGCAGCACUUUUCAAGCAGUAACAAUUCGAAUGGCUGCAUAGCGCAGGCAAUUAUACAGCAGCAGCAGCAGCAACAACAACAACAACAACAAUAUAAUUCUACUGCCAGCACUCAUCAGCAACAAGUUGUGAAUGCAGCAACUGUUGGUGCAGUUACACCAAUACAGACUACAGUUGCAGCAGCAACAUCUACUACAGAGUCCCGUUCCUCCUCUCCUUUUAGUGGACAAUUGUUAGCCACAGCUAUACCUAAUCAACAUUUGAGUAAUAUCGCUACUAAUAACUGUUUCUAUGCUGCUCUAGCCCCUGCACAUGUGGCGCCAUCAACUAUUGCCUCAGCCACGGCAGCAGCAUCAGCAGUCGGUAGCGCAACAACAGCAACAACAUUGUUACCAGCCAUAUCACCCACCUUUAUUGAGCACAAAUAUUCAGCCAAUGCUUUUAAAGAAAAAUUUUAUGCAAAUCUACGUCAACGCUAUAGUAGCUCUAAUAAUAAUAAAUUGAAGCAAUUGAAAACCAAUAAUAUCGUUAGCAGCCCUUGCGACAACGGUAAUAAAAAUGCUUAUCGAGGUAAAGGAGGUGUGCUUAAUGGCAUCGAUCGUAAGAUUGUUGUUAGUGGCGAUGGUGGUGGUGGUGGUGGUGGUGGUGGUGGUGGUGGUGGUGAUAAUUCAUCAUUUACGGAAAUUGGUGGCAACAGUAUUAACAAUGACAAAAUUAAUAAAAUCCCUACAUUUUCAAACAAUGGCAUUACAAGUAACGGUGAAACCGCUAUAAUAGCAAUGUGUUCCAUAAAAAAACAGUUGAAUGAAAAUGUCAAAAAUAAUUUAUACAAGAAAUUCAUUAACUAGGAACAAUGAUAAAACAAGA